CUCAGAGAAAACCUAAAACAAACAAAUACGCGCUCUCUUCUUCUUCCUCGCGCAGCAGCGCCGCUUCUUCGUCUUCCUCGCGCAGCAGAGCCUCACAGACGACGACGCUUCUUCAUCUUCCUGCCCCACCGACUUCUCGCAGCAGCGCCGUAUCGGGACCGUAUAUCGGAGACGUAUCGGACGGUCAAACUUUCGGACGAUACAUAGCGGUAUCGGAUACGUAUCGCACGCGUAUCGCCGUAUGCGAUACGAGCAUACCCCUCAAGACUAACGUAUCGGUGGAACACAGCUACACACUCCCAUGGGGACCCCAAAGAAUAUCAAGAAGAAGCAAACUCCAGAAAACCAAUUCCACUCCUCCCUCACUCUCUGCUCGAAGCACAAAGACUUGCCCAGCGCAAUCUCGCUAUACGAAUCCGCCGUCUCCCAAAAGACUCACUUCAACCACCACCACUUCAACACUCUCCUCUACCUCUGCUCAAACUCCGUCAGCGACCCCUCUCUGAAGCAAUUGGCUUUGGACAAUGGCUUCCGCGUCUUCGACCAAAUGUUAUCUAUCGGAACCCUUCCGAACGAGGCCACGAUCACCGCCGUGGCCCGGCUCGCCGCCGCCAAAGGGGACGGCGAUUACGCAUUUGGCCUGGUGAAGGGUAUGGAUAAGUAUAAUGUGUUGCCGAGGUUGCGCACGUGCGACCCGGCGCUGUUUUGCUUUUGUGAGAAAUUGGAGGCGGAGAAGGCGUAUGAGGUGGAGGAGCAUAUGGGUAUGGUGGGGGUGAGCUUGGAGGAGCCGGAGAUUGCGGCGUUGCUGAAGGUGAGUGCGGAGACAGGGAAUGGGGAGAGGGUUUAUGGUUAUUUGCAUAAGUUGAGGAAUGUAGUGAGGUGUGUUGGGGAAUCAACGGCUAAGAUCAUUGAGUUGGGUGGAGUGGCUUGUGAGCUGGGUGAAGCGAUGGAUUCGGGUGGGGUGAAAGAGGCGGUUUUGAGGAAUGGAGGAGGGUGGCAUGGGCAGGGAUGCAUUGGGAAGGGGGUUUGGGAUGUGAGGAGAGCCAAUGCGGAUAUGAGCAGCAGCCAGUGUUGCUCUUGUGGUGAGCGUUUGGUUUGUGUUGACAUUGAUUGUGGGGAGACCCAGAGGUUUGCGGAGUCGGUUGCUGCUUUGGCAAUGGAACGGGAGGUUAAGUCAAAUUUCAGUGAGUUCCAGGAUUGGCUGGACAAACAUGCUGAGUAUGAAGCUAUAGUGGAUGGAGCUAAUAUUGGGCUCUACCAGCAGAAUUUUGCAGAUGGUGGAUUCAGUCUUUCUCAGCUUGAUGCUGUUGUGAAAGAAUUGUAUAAUAAGAGUGGAGAGAAAUGGCCACUUGUUGUCAUGCAUAAUAGGCGUUUCCGGGGACUUGUGGAAAAUCCUUCCCACAGAAAACUGAUUGAGGAGUGGAUGGAUAAAGGCAUUCUUUAUGCCACACCAAGUGGUUCCAAUGACGAUUGGUAUUGGCUCUAUGCUGCUGUGAAGCUCAAGUGCUUGCUCGUUACAAAUGAUGAAAUGCGAGAUCACAUUUUUGAACUCCUAGGAAGCAGCUUCUUUCUUAAGUGGAAAGACAGACACCAAGUUCGAUAUACUUUUGUCAAAGGCAAUCUGAAACUUCAGAUGCCGCCCCCAUAUUCUUCUGUCAUCCAGGAAUCAGAAAUUGGAUCCUGGCAUGUGCCUGUAGCAGAUGACAGCUGUCAGGAGCCUGCAAGAACCUGGCUCUGCAUUACCCGGCCAAGUGUUUCUAAAGCUUCUGGUGAAGUCUCACAUAAUUUGGAAACAUCUCAAAAUGGCGGUGUCUGCAGGAACCUUGAAUCACUAAACACAUGUACGGCAGAGUUUGUUGCCAGUCACAAUGAGAAAACCAUAGUUGUGACAGGUAAAAGAAAAGAGAGGUCCCCAUCUCCUUCCCAGCUAAGUCUUUCUUCUGCCUAGUACUGUUUGCACAAGUCUUCAUUUCCGUGCUGCUUGUGGAGAUCAUAACUUAUGGAAAUGGUUGUGGCUGAGUAAUAUGAGUCUUGGACAAGCAAGAUGGCCUGUUAUGAGUUAUGACAACGACCCCUCGCUGUAACACUCAAGUUUUCAGCCCAGUUUUCCCUUGUAGGGGCAGUGUCUCUGAUGUUAUACUGUAUCACCAACAUGCUGCAAGCUUUGUUCCCUACGAAGUUUUGUAGAUUUUGGCGCAUUAUUGAUAGUGGACUUGAUUGUUACGAAUGUUAGGGCCGGGGUGUGAUUUGAGUGAGAAAUUGCAACAAAGCGGAUUCAUAUUUCCUGCCCUCACUAUUUGUUGAAUAAAAACUUUUUCUUUGGUUUGCUGAAUAAAAGAUUUUUUCUUUGGUUAA